AUGCAGGAACUUAUUGCUGGGAUAGAGAAGUUCAGCUUUGACUUUGAAAGGGAUGUCCAAGGUCAGAGAGGGACCCUUCCUCUGCCCUUCCAAGGGAUGGACAAAUCCGGGGCAGCUGUAUGUGACUUCUUUCUUAAAGGGGUAUGCCGGAGAGGUCCCAUGUGUCCGUUCCGCCAUUUGAGUGGCGAGAAGACGGUGGUCUGCAAGCAUUGGCUGAGGGGUCUGUGCAAGAAAGGAGAUAACUGCGAAUUUCUCCAUGAGUACGACAUGGACCGCAUGCCAGAAUGCUACUUCUACUCUAAAUUCGGUGAAUGCAGCAACAAGGACUGUCCCUUUCUUCACAUUGAUCCAGCGUCCAAAAUUAAGGACUGUCCGUGGUACGACCGAGGAUUCUGCAAACAUGGACCUGCGUGCAAACACCGGCACACCCGCAGAGUGAUGUGUGUCAAUUAUCUGGUGGGAUUCUGCCCUGAAGGACCCAAGUGUAAAUAUGUACACCCUAAAGCAGACCUGGUUCUUUGCGCUUCCGACCAUCUUAAGAAUCUACCUCAACUGCAAAAACACGGUGAACUCGAUGUCAAACCCAUUGCAAAGCAGCAGCCUCUGAUGGAUCUCCCUCACCUCUCGCACUUGACAGUAAUUAGCAUGAUGCACGAGAGAUUCAGGAAAAUGCAAGAAGUUGCCUGCUGCGGGCUUAGACCCCUAGGACAGGUCACCUGCUUCAAGUGCGGCGACAGAGGGCACUACGCCAACAAAUGCUCCAAGGGUCGUUUUGCCUUCCUUGCAAGAAAAUGACAUGGCCGUGGAGCGGACUGCUUCGGCGCGGGGAUUUCCCCGUCAGUCGAGGGGGAGAGAUCUACGAUUGACCAUUUUUUGUCAUUUGAGAGCAAUCGCCUAAUUAACCCCUCAGCGAUGAU